AGACAUUGUUCUGUUCUAAUGAACUGCUGAGAUGGAAAAGUGUGAGGAUUAAGACAAGCUACUCAUCCCAAAUGAUACAAUCACACAGUAAACCUUAUAAUAAUUCCUAGUGCCAACAUUACAGAAAUGAUUCGACAGCAGUAUAAUUAAGCAUGCUCCAGGAGCUGAGGUUGGGUUUCACUUUUUUUUUUUACAUCCAAAUUUGUUUUUUGUUUUUUUUGAAAGGGUUUUCAUUAGUUUCACAUUAGUUACAAAAUCAUUCUUAUAAAACCAUUAUACACAAAUGAAUUUCCAAAUGAGAUGAGGAUUUAAGGGGGCUCUUCACAUGUCACACACAGCUACUUCACAGAAUAAAGAAGAGAGAACAAUAUUUAACUUUAGCUUAAAAUGAAGAGAAAGGUGAAAUCUGAAUAUGAACUAAAGGCCAUCAUCCUUUUUCUGUGGUAGUCUUUUUAUUGUGACUAUUGUUUGGUAACAACUUUUAAAUCUUUCUAGAAGACGUGUUUUUAUAGCUUUUACAUUGGUUUAUUAUUUGGUUAGUAUAAUGUAUAAUAGACAUUACUGGGUCACUACUUUUACUGUUAUUAUACAUAUGAACUUGGUUAUAGCUUAAAUAACUAGUAAAGCACUUUCAGACGACGUCACUGUUAACAUGUGCUCUAUUGAAUAAACCUUGACCUGACUUGAUUCACUUGACUUUUCUUAGUAUUAUUUACAUUGAGUUUAGAAGAAGUUAUGGUUAGGGAAAGGAACAAAGAAUUGUCCAAAUAUGUGUAUCAACUUGUGAACUUGUAAAAGAACCCUUUUUUCUUUUUCUUUUUUUUACGCCAGAUCAAUAUACAGAAAUUAAACUAGUUCACAUGCUGAGUUUUGGUUAGGGACUAAUCUGCAGUUCACACUGCUCCACUUGAAACCACUGCCUUCUCUGCAGAAUCAAUGCACCACGCAGCCUGCAUCUUGAGUUGUUUGCGCGCGCGCGUGUGUGUAUGUGCUACUGUGUUCAUUGCGGCUCUGCCCGAGGAGAAAUUUCACCGCUGAGUCAAACGGCUUUUUGGAUCCAAGAUGGCCGCCGCACAUCGCCCAGUUUCCCUAAAUAUGUAUCGCUAGAUUUUACUCAUCACAAACGGGCAGAACCUCAACCAAGGCGAAAUGUUCGUCUACUUUGAGAGUGGGACUUGAAUUGGAUAAAAAAAAACUUAUACAGGUGAUGAGGUGAGAAUCAGAAAAGGAAGGUUGGGAGUGGAGUGGAGUGGAGGGAGAGACUUGACGCAUGUGGAUAGCGUGGACACUGCGGUGGAGGCUGAAUGGCGGAAAGAGGCGGCAGGUGCAGAGCAGAGCACAUAACAUCAGCAACACAGGGACUCGAUCCAGACUCCAGAAGAACCGCUGAGCCGAAGCUGAUGUGAAAUUGUUCCCCAUGCGCUUCCUCAGGGAGGAUCCGAGCCGCUGAAAUGACUCGCCUCCUGCUUGUUGUGUGAGCGCGCACGCGCGUGUGUGAACCGAUGAGCGCCCGAUUAGGGAAACGGGGUAUAAUGUGUAUUCGUGUAGCCUAAAUGCAGUCAUUGUGUUGUGUUAUAACUCGGCGAAUGUGUUAACAGAGGUCAGGUGAUGAAGAGAAAUAAUCGCGCUUUGUUACAUAGUAACGCCUCCUAAAAACAUGCCAUUUUAAUGCAACCUUUCGGGAAACGAGCAUGCAUCUGUAUAUGGAGCUUGCCAUAUAUGGAGAUUUCGGGGAUGACCGACGACGAAACGGAGAAUGAACCCAAGCACGUUUAGGACACGUUUAACGCGCGUCUCGAAUUCGCAUGCGUUUGGUGACGAAUGACGGGAACCGCGACGAGAGCUGUGAGUCCACCUGGAGGGAGAUUGUGAGUCAGAAUCCACAGUGCUGCUAGUGCAGAGAGCCAGGCGACAGUCAUGUGUAGUGACAGGUAGGUUCUCGAGCAUGCAGAUGUUCCUGAGUGUGUGGUCAGGGCGCUACUUUGUGCCACUGAAUGAGUGGGACAUGGACAUUGAGAUGGUUGUUCUGAGUGGACACAGCGCGCACGAGCACGGGCGGCUUGAACGCUAUAGAGACAGCUAAGCGGCUGAUGAGGGUGAGAACGAAGAGGCGAAGAGAAGGAGAAGAGAGAGGUGCAGAGGCGGCUCGGUCCCAUUAAGACAUGCGCACGUCAACCAAUUUAGCACUGCGAUGUAAAGGUCCAACUUUUGUAACCCCCCCCCUCCUUUGAUCAGAAUCUCCGGGGGAAUGGCUCAGCGAGAAAAUGUCUCCCAUCCUCUUCUCCACGCUAUGAGUCAUGAAGGCUCGGUGGCGAGCGAGCAUCUGCACUGCUGCGACAUUUGACAUUCAGCUCCACGCUGGAGAAGCAAAAAGGAGACGCCAGUAUGCGCUGGAGACGCAGAUGAAAGCGAGGCUGUUCCACUUCUUUUUUUUUAGCACCCUGCUACCAGAAUCGGACAUGGUAAGACGCUGAAUCGUUGAACUGCAGAAAUGCAUUUAUCUCGACUGUUGUUUAAGUCGUUGCAUGGCGAGUCCCUCUAAAGGUUGAGAUUCUGCUGACUCAGACAUUCCCAUUCAUUAUCUUCUAUGUUGAUGAUUCAGACACUUUAACUGUUUCCUUCCGCUAAGGGAAUUCAUUUGGAGAGUAAAAACAGUGUGUAUCUGUUCAGUUCCUCUCUAACAGCCAGUACUUAGCUUGCUGUCUCUCUCCCCCCCCACUAGCAUCACGUGGGGGGGAGAGCCUUCACAUUUGGGGUGAUUGUAAUCCAACCUUUCCACCAAAUACUGCAGUGCAUAAUAACAGCUGUUCUGAAGUACAAGGUUCCUUAAGCAUGGACACGGGCCAGGGCAGCCCGGAGAGCCCUAAUCGGGCUGUGGAGUACUUGUUGGAGCUCAACAACAUCAUUGAAAGCCAGCAGAAGUUGCUGGAGACACAGCGGCGGCGCAUCGAGGAGCUGGAGGUGCAGCUGGACCGUCUCAAUCAGGAGAACAAGGAUCUCCGGGUGGACAGGCAGCCAUGUCCACCCCCGCCUCCACCGCCACUAGGAGCCUCCAACCAGACCCACGGGCACCCUUUACAUGUUCAAAACUCCGCCACUGUGUACCCCAUCCAGAGUCACAACAAUGUGCCAGCCCCUAACCUCACACCUGUCCCGGCCCCUCCUCCCCCGCCUCCACCCGUGCCUCCACGAGACCGGCGUAUCGUCAAUGCACACACACGCCUCAGCCGCGGCCUGUCCACUGGGUCCAACCCAACAGAAAACGAGAGGAACAGUGAACGACACAGAGAGAGCGUCAGCACCGGCACGGCCACCACUCUGCAGAGACAUCCUUCUCACCACCCCUCGCCCUGCUGGAUCUGCAGGCCAGAUGGAGACUUCAACAAACACAGUGUGGAAGGGGAUCCUCAUUGUGGGGAAACAGGCAGUUUCUCAGACAGUUCCUGCAGUCAGGGCCCGUACCUUGGCAUUUCAGACCGAUACGGGAAGGCUACAGGAGAACCCCUGGGAUCCAAAGGGCCUCCCGUGGCCCCUCCAAGCCCAGCGAGCCUGGCCUGGGCUCAGCGCACACGCCUCCAGCCUGCCAGCCUGGCUCUCCGUAAGCAGGAAGAGGAGGAGAACAAACGCUGCAAAGCACUCUCAGACAGCUAUGAGCUCUCCACAGACAUGCAGGAUAAGAAGGUGGAGAUGUUGGAGAAGAAAUAUGGUGGCUCCUUCUUGAGUAGACGAGCUGCACGCACCAUCCAGACUGCUUUCCGGCAGUACCGCAUGAAUAAGAACUUUCAACGGCUGCGUAGUUCUGCUUCAGAAAACCGCAUGACGCGCCGUAUUAUCCUCUCUAAUAUGCGCAUGCAGUACUCGUUUGAUGAGCGUCAGCCACAGGUGCAGCCUGAAACUCCCCAACAACAGCAGCAGCUCUAUCCCCCACGCCAUCCCUCUUCCCUGGCUAUGGCUGGCCAGCAGAGUUCGGCUGACACAGAGCAGGAGCCAGAAUCACCUUCACACUGCCCUUCUGACCGAGAGGAUUACUCACAUGCAGACGAUGCUUUUACCAAACAAGUAACAUCACUGGCAGACUCCAUGGAUGACACUCUAACGUGCCAGUCUGUGCGUGGUGAUUCCCAGGAGGGUGAUGGUGGAGGCGAUAGUGAGGAUUUUAGCGAAUGUGUCUGGACCAGCAAGGUCCCCUCUCGGCGCGGCAUGUCGACAAGUGAGCGGACAGCGGGGGUACUCGGGGGCAUGCAUGAGGACAGCACCGCCACAUCCUACAGUGAUGUAACUCUCUACAUGGAAGACGGCGUGCCUUCAUCUCCGCUUUCUAUGGAACGUGCACCCAGCAGCACUGACACUGAGUACUGGGGGCUAGGUGGUACAGCAGUAGGACGAGAAGACAGUCGAGAUGCAGAGGGUGGAGGCAGCAGCAACAGCCGGCGCAGCACACCAUGCACUGAGUGCCGUGACCAUCGGCUUCGUGGUGCCCACCUUCCCGUUCUAACUAUUGAGCCACCUAGUGACAGCUCUGUGGACAUGAGUGAUCGCUCAGACCGAGGCUCCCUCAGCAGGCAACUGCUGUUUGAGCAGGAAUCAGCUGGUGGGGGGGGUGGAGGUGGAGGUUCACCCCAGGGAACUCUCAAACACAACCCAGCCCAGGGCCAGACUCGCCCUAUGGGUCGCCCAAUUCCCUCACCUCUCCCCACACACAUACCACCGCACCAUGCAAUCCUGCUGCACCAGCAGCACCAUCCACACCUUCAUCACCCAAUGCAGCACCAUCACCACCAACACCCACUGGCCCAUCUUCACCACCCUUACCCAGACCCCACUGUAUCAUCUACCCAACCCCCACUAACGCCACUCUCCUCCACCUCAUCAGCACCGUUGCCCUCUACAGGCAUGGAACCAUCAGAUGGUGAUAACGACUCUCUUAAUUCCACCACCAACUCAAAUGAGACAAUUAACUGCAGCUCGGGCUCAUCCUCCCGGGACAGCUUAAGGGAACCUCUACCUGCACUCACCAAGCAGACCUACCAGAGAGAGAGCCGCCACAGCUGGGACUCACCUGCAUUCAACAACGACGUGGUGCAGAGAAGGCAGUACCGCAUUGGUCUCAAUCUUUUUAACAAGAAGCCAGAGAAAGGCAUUCAGUACCUCAUUGAAAGAGGCUUUAUGUCUGACACCCCAGUGGGCAUUGCACGCUUUAUCCUAGAGAGGAAAGGCUUGAGUCGUCAAAUGAUCGGGGAAUUCCUGGGCAACCGACAGAAGCAGUUCAACAAGGAUGUGUUGGAUUGUGUGCUGGAUGAAAUGGAUUUCUCUGGAAUGGACCUGGAUGAUGCUUUGCGCAAGUUCCAAGCUCAGAUUAAGGUCCAAGGAGAAGCACAGAAAGUGGAGAGGCUGGUGGAAGCCUUUAGUCAGAGGUACUGUGUGUGUAACCCAGCGUUGGUGCGGCAAUUCCAGAACCCUGACACCAUCUUCAUCCUGGCUUUUGCAAUCAUCCUUCUCAACACAGACAUGUACAGCCCUAAUGUCAAACCAGAAAGGAAAAUGAAGCUAGAUGACUUUAUCAAGAACUUAAGAGGAGUGGAUAAUGGACAGGACAUCCCAAGGGACCUUUUGGUUGGAAUCUACCAUCGUAUUCAGAAGUGGGAGCUGAGGACCAAUGAUGAUCAUGUGUCUCAAGUGCAGGCAGUGGAAAGAGUGAUUGUAGGCAAAAAACCAGUGCUCUCUCUACCCCACCGCAGACUGGUAUGCUGUUGCCAGCUUUAUGAGGUUCCUGAUCCGAACAGGCCACAGCGGAGUGGGGUUCAUCAGAGAGAAGUGUUUCUUUUUAAUGACCUAUUGGUGGUAACAAAGAUCUUCCAGAAGAAGAAGACAUCAGUGACAUACAGUUUCAGACAGUCUUUUCCUCUAGUGGAGAUGCAGGUUCACAUGUUCCAAAACUCCUACUAUCCCCAUGGUAUUCGGUUAACCUCAGCCAUCCCAGGAGGGGAGCGUAAGGUCCUGAUUGUCUUCACAGCACCGAGUCAGCAAGACAGGACACGUUUUGUCAGUGACCUGAGAGAAAGCAUUGCUGAAGUGCAAGAUAUGGAAAAAUAUCGAGUAGAAUCGGAGCUGGAGAAGCAGAAAGGUGUUAUGCGGCCUGGACUUAUGAGUGGAGAUGUGAGUGGUGGGGUGGAUGGAAUAAAGACUGAGGCAGUGAAUGGCACUCUGGGUAGGCCUAGCCUUGAUGACACAUAUGCCACAGGGGAUGGGCUUAAGCGUACAGCGCUUAGCUCAUCACUGAGAGAUCUCUCAGAUACAGGAAAGCGGGGUCGCAGAAAUAGUGCGGGCUCUUUGGACAGUACCAUUGAAGGAUCCAUCAUUAACAGCCCCCGGCCUCACCAGCGCCUGCCAAUGGGGGGCGCUUUGCCCAGCUGCUAUGGGCUGGAAGACUACCGGCCUCACCGCCCCAUCCUGAGCCCCGGAAUAGGGGUGGGGGGUGGGCCGGGGCAGUUACACAACGCCGUAGGGAUCGCUGGGGCAGGGGUGCUCCCCAACACCGGCGACCGAGGUUCAGGAGGGGGCAGCUCCGGUUCAUUCCUGGGUUCUCUGUUUGGCAGCAAGCGGGCCAGACCUCCGGCCCCACUUAUUCCCCCAGGACCACCCUACCCUGCGCCCGUGGCCCCGCCUACUACCGGGGGCCCACCUCCUCCGUCACCUUCCUCCCUCAGUCAGUCCGACCUCGGCGGGCCCUCCAAGAUCCAGGCUUUGCACGCACAGUACUGCCACAGCAAUAUUGGUCCACCUCCACCUCCAUACCACCAGCAUCAGAAUCAUCGUUACCACGUACAACCCUCGGUCGUCAGCCAUCCACACGUAAUGCAUCACACUCUGCAACGCAGUUCACUUCCCCGCCGUGGUUCACCUCUUCCCUCUCACGCGCCACUUCAACAGCAGCACUCUUACCAUGCCGUGCAUCAGCAUGGCCGCCAUUCCAGCGUGGGCUGCACCCCUCCUCCGUUGUCUCCUCACUCCCCACAUUCACCUGUCAGCCCAUUCAGCUUUUUUCACACUCACAUCCCACUGCCACAUCCAGCCAAGCUGCCACUGACUCUGUCUCACUCCCAGCCCCACCCGCACCCUCACGGCCACUCCCACGUUCUCUCUCAUACCCACAGUCACGCCGGACACGUCCACAGUCCCCAUCCACUACUGCAUCAUUCCGCCCAUCAACCUCACUUUGUGUUUGCCCCACCUCCACAGGCCCCCUCCACCAUCACAGCACGUCACGUGCCACAGGCCCCAGUACACUAUCUGCCUCAGUAUCCACCCCUGUCCUCCAUCCCACCUCCUCCGCCGCACUCGCCUUUACCCCCUCCUACCUCCCCCCACACCCCUCUUACACCGCUUACACCUCUCUCGCCGCUGCCACCGCAGAUGAUCAACCAGGGGCCGGGAGCAGGAAGCACAGCGGGCAGCGCCAGCACAAGCGGCAGCUCGAAGUCAAAGCCCAUCAGUCGUAUCAGUACAGUUGUGUAAGACGUGGCAAAGCUAGCAGGGCAAGAGUUCAUAAAAGGAGGAACCCAAGCCCACGCAAGCGGAAACACACUGUGGUCCGACUUUGCUACUUCCACAUCCGCUUUCCACAUAUGUAGAGUGAAGGGUAAUGGAGAGUAACCAAUAGCUGGGCCAAUGAAUGCGUAUGCUAUUUGCUCUCGUUUCAUGCUGGUACUCAUUACACCCAAACUCUUUCAUAAAUGCAAAAUCAGGAGGCUGGACGUGACAAGACUUGAAGGAAGAGCUGAUUCUGUUAUUCCUCCGAAAAUAACAGCGCUAUAAGCAGGAAAUGCAGUGUUGCCAAAAGUGGUAAUUGUAUGAGGUUGCUGCACACCUUUACAGGAGACAUUGACUCAAAAGCUUUUAGGGAACCAACUGUCCUGCUACAGAGGCAGUCAGAAAGUCAGCUUUACCAGCCAGUCAGUGUAAAGCGCAGGAUAGAACGGAAGUAUCAACUUUUCAUGAACAUCCCUAAAAAAGCAUGGACAUUAAAGCAACAAGGGUUCAUUUAAUUUUUAGUGUCAAAUGACAAUCAUUCCGGGUCGAGGCAAGUUUUUAUGUUAUUUUAUUUUUACAGAACUGAGUGAUACAUUCCACAUUUUCCACAUACCUUGGACUUAAUGGCUGUCAGUGUUGGACUAUAGCUUCACAGCUUUAAAAGACUCAGCCAUAACUUUGAACCAUAACACAUCCUGUUUAUUUUACAAACUUUUUUGUAAUAAAACAUUUGUUGUGGAAAGAGACCAUUAUAGGAGAGAGAGCCAUUCAGGAGGCAGCAUUCCAGCAUUUAGUCCUAUGUGUGGAGUCUAAAAGGGAAAAUAUUUUAAAAUAGAUCGUUAGGUAUAUGUAAUUAUUUUCAAAAUUUAAAUCUGCAAAAUCUAGGCAUAGCCCACCAAUUUACAAACCAAAAAAGUUUAAAUACUUAAAGGUACUUCAGUUCUUUUCAUUCAGUUUGCAUUGCUUUUUUUCAGGAAAAAAAAGGUGUGUCUAUAAAUAGGUGAAAAGUUAAAUAUUUUAUUAUAUAAAUAUUAUAUAAUGUUUUGAUUAUAUUGUUUUUUUUUUUCCAAAUUGAUAUAAUUAGUUAGUUGUGGUUUAAGUGCCAAAAUUACUUGAUAAGUAUGACUUGUCUGGUAGUUCGAUUUGAAUUAUUUUUCUUUGAACACACUUUUAGCUAUCAGAACUCAAACAGGCUUAUAUGACUUGCUAAUUACUUGUAUUUGGCAACUUAUUACAUAGCCUUAGUGCCUAAUGUAAGGUUUUAGGAUCAGUUGAUCCUAAAAAUGCAGCAACUGAAUUUCCCAAAAAAGAAACCUAAAUAAAUGGAUAUAUUUACAGUGUUUGCAAGGAGAGCACUGUAUGGUUAUUUAAUAUCAAUCUUGCAGAAUGAAUUGUAUAAAUACUUAUUUUUUACUCAAAAGACAGUUGAACUGAAUUCUAAGCAUCAACAGAUGAAGACAUUCUCUCAAGAAUUGAUUGUACAGUACAAUUUACAUAAAUGAUAUGAUUCAAGUGUGUUUUUCAUUAUUACUAUUAUGAUGUCAAAUAUUACUGAUAUUAUCCUUAAUAUUUUGAUGUAACACUUACUACUAAUAUGGAUAUUGUUUCUGUGCUGGUUUGUUUUCUAUUAGCCUUUUUUUUUUUUUUUCAAUCUAACGCAGUGGUAUUUCAUGUGUACAAACGGAACUUUUGAGAACUUUUGAGAACUUUUGAGAAUUGGGCUACCUAUUUCAGGAACUUGUUUUGCUUGGGGGAAAGAAAAAAUCAGUAUUAUAAACUCAUUGCCAGAAGCCAUACACUUGUACUUAAGCCAGUCACUCUUUAAAAGAAUGUGAAUUUACAUCAAGUUACAUAUCUUGGCCCUCUUGUUUCUAUAUGAAAGCAUGCUAUUAUGACUGGUGUAUCUGUGCACACCAGCUAUAACAUUUCACACUUGGUUUCCAUUGCAUCUAUUUGUAUGCUGCUUUUAUGGUUCUGCAGAUAAUGUUUGCUCUAGGUGCAAAACAAAAGCUUUUAUUUUUACUCUGUGCGUACAAAGACUCAAGGCCUACAAGUGCAGUGCCUUGCUAGAUCAUCUCUUACUCCAGCACCCCAAUAUAUGCACACACUCACACACACACACACACACACACACACUCACAAGGAUACACCUCCCCAAUCCUAUGUCACUAAACAGACACUUCAGUUCAAUACAUGGCCAUAUUCAGAGUUGAGUUUGGCCAACAGAUCUUGAAUACAGCGGAAUUCAGAUUGCAGUCAUCCGAUUAAUUCUUUCAGGUUUUUUUUUUUUUGUUGGUUUUUUUUGUUUUUUUUAUCUUUUCCGGCAUGCGAAUUGAAAGGAAAAUAUGAAUUCAUAAUAUGAAAUCUUUAUUGUGAAAUAUAUAUUAGUACAUCUUUAUAUGAAACGCCACAAUAACCAUUUUGAAUUAUAAUUUUAGAUUUUUUAUUUCUAUUUCCCUGUGUAAAGACCUACUGUAUAUGGGUUUGAAGGGUGUAACCAGGAUACAAAUGAAGAACCCCCGAGCAUUAAAACUUAACAGAUCAGCUCUGUAUAAGGAUUAAUCCUGUUGAUUCUUUUAAAACUUGAGUUUUCAACUCUGAAUAUGGCUCUAGAAGUUUAUGGAAAACAUUUAACGAGCAAACUAGGUGAUUUUUAAUAUGUUUUUUGAUGUAUUACUAUGUGAAAUCUAACAUUAGACUGCCAUCUAACCUGGGAUACUAUACAGUUAGUCAUUAGAGAGCUGUUUAGCAAAGGAUGUGUGUUCAAUAUGGUGUGAAUGUUUGGCUGUAGGAUGUCGUCUAAAUUUUGAGCACAGCUAUAAUCAUUCUCCCAUCACUCUUCAUCCUUCUAUGAGGUAGUUUGCUAGUUUCACUCUUGUGCUUGCAGUAAGUGUUAUGAGGCCUGAAGAACUGAAGGUUCAAAAAUAAAUCACAGAUGACUAACAGACCUAUUGAAUUAGAUUCAUCGUUUUGGAAAGCGUCUUUACUCCUGAUUGGAAAUGCCGAUGUCUUGCGCCAGUGUGCCAAUGUGUUGCAUGUUCUACUGCACUUAACUGAAUGACGCUGUAUAAAAACUUGAAUGUACAUAUAAGCUAAUAUAAAUAUUCUGUAUUUACUCUGGAAUGGGCUGUGUUAUAAUGUCUAUAACUGGCUGGGAGCAGGGAGAUGAACUAUUGUUUACAUUUUAGGGACCGGGGAACAAAAUGUAACUGUAAAGUUGUAUCAGUACGUGUUUCAGAGCAGUAAUUAUAUUUAAAAAGAUGACACUGUAUGAAGUUUUUGUAUAUAUGUAUGACGUUUCCAUCACAACCUAAUUCAGAGAAAUUCUAUGUGAUUAUUUAUUGCUCUUAUUCUAUAAAAUAUGUUCUUGCUGUUGGA